UGCUCUGUAGCCGCACAUGUACUUGAUCCAACAUGUCAGCCCCGGUUGGAACUGUGGUUGAAGACUCGAGCAGUGAAGAUGAAGAUCUGGAAAAGUUUAAGGAAGCAGCUUGGAGUUUUGGCACAUAUGGAACUAAUGGUACCAACACGGCAGAUGGGGAAAGCAAUGGGAAGCUAUCCCGUCGUGUGGCUGUAUCUAAACAUGAACAUGAUGGGAACGAGCUUCAGACGACCCCGGAGUUCCGUGCGCACGUUGCAAAGAAAUUAGGGGCUAUACUUGACAGUUGCAUUUCAUUGAUAUCUGCAGAAACAUCAAAACCCUGCACAGCGUCAACCAAAUGUGAAGAUGAAGAAGGUUUCCGGCUGUUCACCACAUCUGUCCCAGGAGAGUUUACCAUUGAUCCCCCCCCCCCUCCUGUAAGGCGCCGCCCCAUCCCCAGCUCAAGUGACAGUGACAGUGAGCUGGAGAUGAGACUGAGAGAGGCAGCAGUGUCAGUUACAGACCUCCUAUCAUCGGCUCUCCCCAGUGCGGUUACACCUUCCAUGCCAGAGUCCCUCAGCUCCGAGAAAAUUAAGAAGAAGAAGAAGAAGAAGAAAUACAAGGUUCAGGCAGGAGAGGAGGCAGAAAGAGAGCACAGUAAUAACAGCCCUGUUCCAAAGAAAAAUAAGAAAAGGACAGCUUCCCACGGGGAGUUUGGAGAGGUAGAGAACUGUGGAGAAGCCUCACCUUAUGCUAAAACAGAGGAGGAGCAGAAGAGCCCAGAGGAGGACAGUCUACCCCUGAAGGUCAAGAAGAAAAAUAAAAAGGCACAGAUGAAAGGGUGGAAGUAGAAAAGCACUGAGACUUCUGAACUUGUGUGUUGUGAUUUAGGAUAUUGGCUGUUUGUUCCAUACUUGUAAGAACUGUUAACCUGUUGUACUUGGGAAUCUUAGCAUUCAUUAUAACAUGGUCAGGUCAUACACUGUUAUUUUCUGGAAAUAAUCACUGCAAUGUUGUACAACUUCGUAGUUUGUUCUUUUCUGGAAUGCAAUAUGAUCUUUCAGAAAUGUGGCAUACUGUAUUUUAUUACCUAUUUUCUCUGCCCAAAACACAAUCAGUGCUAUGCCUUGUUUUGUAAAGAAAGCAGUUCACACUGAAUUCUUAGAUCAUUUUUAUUAAAACACUUUUUUCUAUU